AUGUCGGAUGUUCAAGAAAUGCCUGUAUCUCAAUCAGCUGAAUUCGACAAAAAUUUGACUCCUAGUCACAGUAGAGAGAUUGUUUCCAGCCAGGAUACGACGACAUGGGAUAGCAAUAAGGAGGCGAUGAAGGAAACGACUGUAAUCAGUAAGAGUAGCCAUCAUGCGAUGCCAGCGACACCCGUGGUUACUUGGCCAAUCUUAAAUUUAAUUCCUGAUGGCCAUAAAGAAUAUCGCUCUAGUUCAGCCUAUUCUAUUCUCAAGCAAAGGAGCGAAGAAGUUGCUUACUACGUUAAUAUCGAUGUCCUGUCAACGGAUAAUAUGCUUAACGGGAUCAAAUCUUCGGCUUUUGCUAAUAGCAAACGUAUACUAUUCUGCUUGGGAUAG